UAAUCCUCUCUCUCUCUCUCUCUCUCUCUCUCUCUCUCUCUCUCUCUACAUUUGAUCGUACUUUUAGUUCUCGUUCAUUCCUCUACGCUCUGGUGGUUUAUUGUCGAUUUCUUCGUCGUCGUUAUCAGAGAGGAUUCCGAGGUUUCCGUUUUAUCAUCUUAUGUUUGCUGAAAAGUAUUAGUGAAAGGAAGCUCGUAGUCUUUUAUCGGUAGGGCUACAAGGAAUAGGGUAGAAGCAAACAAGAAAUGCAGGGAGGUAGAAACCCGUUUGGUGGUUUUGGCGACCCUUUUGGUGGUUUUGGCGACCCUUUUGGUGGAUUUGGUGCACCUUUUGGCGGUUUUGGUGCCCCUUCUGGCGGUUUUGGUGCCCCUUCUAGUGGUUUUGGAGGUCGAAGGAGUCUAAUCCCUAACUUUUUCGGGGGCAGGAAUCCAUUUGAUGAUCCCUUUUUCACGAGCCCCUUUGGAAAUGUGUUUGAGUCGAGCUUUUUCGGCCCUACUGGAGUUCCAUUUAUGGGUCCACAUACGCCUGGUUUUAAUCCGCAUACCACUGGUUUUAAUCCUCAUACUACUGGUUUCGAGCAUCAGCCUCCACAACCCAAUCAGUCGAGGGGACCAAUAAUCGAGGAGCUGAACUCUGAUGAUGAGAAAGACGAAGAGGAAAGUGGGAAGGAGAAAAAAGAGAAUCCAAGAAAACAUGGAAGACCCACCAAAGAGCCUUAUGUGGUUGACCCAGACGAUGAGGCUACUGAGAAAAGGAGUAGACAUAUGACUCGCAGGAAUGAUAUGAACCAGAUGCAUUAUGCGAGGUCGCAGCCCCAAACGCGUAGCUUCACCUUUCAAAGCUCGUCUGUAUCUUAUGGUGGUGCAAAUGGUGCGUACUAUACUUCUUCUAGUACAAGAAGAACAGGCAGCGAUGGGUUGACAUUUGAAGAAUCCAAAGAAGCCGAUUCGUCCACUCGUCAAGCUACUCAUAGGGUCUCGAGGGGUAUACACGACAAGGGUCAUUCUUUCACUCGGAAAUUGAAUUCAGAUGGUCAUGUGGACAUGAUGCAGACUCUGCACAAUCUUAAUGAAGAUGAAUUGGGUGGUUUUGAGGAAGCGUGGAAAGGGAAUGCUAGAAAGCAUCUCCCGGGAUGGAAUGGAGAAUUUGCUAGUCAAGAUGUUUUAGGGCAUAGAAGCGCCGGUCAGCGGCCUAAUAAUACAAGGCACCUGGCACUUCCUUCUACUGAAAGAUCAACACGUGUUAGAACAAAUGGACCUGGUUCGACUAGUCAAGCUAAUAGGCGCUAAUAAUUUGGAGAGAAAUCUCUUCGUCUUGAGAUCUUUACGUACGUGUUAAAUUACGAAAUCGAAUCUUGAAAUAGGACAAGUCUGAGUUGGCAUAUUAUGCAGUAUCAUCUAAUAUUUUACCGUUUGGACACUUUUGUGGUAUGAGGCAAUUAGUAUCAUGUAUAUUUUUAUUGAUUUCAUCUUUUGAUCUUUUGGGUUUUCUGUGUUUGCCACAUUUUAUUGGUUUAGAAAGAAGCUUAUGAAAUUAAGAAA